GAGCUGAAUUAAUAAACGCGCUGUGGUAGAAUACAGUAUGUAAUAAGAUAGGAGUCAUUAAGUAAGUGAGUAAGUGUGUCAGUUCUUCUUUAAGAGUAAAAUCUGUCAACCUGCAUCAGCAAAGUGGCCACGCCCUUGUGUUACACACACACACACACACACACACACACACACACACUACUAAAGAUGGACUGAAUCAAAGUCUCUAGCUGUCUUUGGUUCGUGGAGGAUAAGAGAAACGUCACAAUGCGGUCUGGACAGAAUUUAUAUCUGUUUUUCCUUAUUAUCACCGUAUUAACACUCCUCGGGAUCAGUUACUUCAGCUACACAUCCUCCUGGUUCAGAGGUGUGUGGGAGUGCAGACUGACUGUGGAAGAAAAGCAUGGUAAUACGGACCUAAUCUUUCCUCCGAGGAUUGCAUGCGCUCAGCCCAGUGUGAGUAAUAGUCGGCCAGAUGUCUCCACAACGACCCCGUGGUUAGCUCCAAUUGUGUGGGAGGGUACAUAUGAUUUGACGGUGAUUGACAACAUCUACAAACAACAGAACAUCACCGUGGCAGUCACCGUCUUCGCUCUGGGGAAGUACGUACGCUUCCUGAAGGACUUCCUAGAAUCUGCAGAGCAGCACUUCAUGGUGGGCUACCGAGUGCAUUAUUACCUGUUUACCGAUCGUCCGGACGAGGUUCCCGCGGUAACGUUGGGGGAAGGACGUCAGUUGACCGUGAUAAAAACAGAAACUUCGAACCGAUGGCAGGAAAUCUCACUGCGCAGGAUGGAGAUGAUCGAGAAGCUCAUCGAGAAGGAACUCACCGACAAGGCAGACUACAUAUUCAGUCUCGACGUCGACUCCAAAUUCUACGCUCACUGGGGGGCGGAGUCUCUGGGCGACCUUGUCGGCGCGCUGCAUGCCUGGUUUUUCGGAACAUCUCGGGAACAUUUCACGUACGAGCGGCGUCCUGAAUCUCAGGCCUUCAUACCUUUACAAGAAGGAGACUACUACUACGGAGGUGCCGUGAUCGGAGGACGCCUCGACAAAGUGCACAAGCUGGUGAAGACGUGCCGCAUGCAGCUGGAUGUGGACCGAGCCAAUCACAUUGAAGCGGCAUGGCAGGAGGAGUCUCACCUGAACAAGUACUUCCUGUACAAUAAGCCCAGCAAGGUGCUCUCACCUGAAUACCUGUGGGACGACAAGAAAGGGAAACCCAGCUACUUGAAAGUGGUGCGUUCCUCUCAGGUGCUCAAGAAUAACGCCGAGGUCCGAUCCAACCUUUAAAGCACACUGUAGUGUAAUGGGUUUCUCAGGAAAGAUAAAUGAACUAACGCCACUAACUCUAUCACCAUCAUCUCGCAGGUUUCAACCACAGAUUACACCAAGGUCUUCCAUCAGCUCAGGAACUUGAAUGUUCAUGAAACCAAAACUUCCUAGAUCAUUAUAUUGAUAAAUGGUGUUUUCCUGGGUUUUUAGGUUAUAAUUUUAUGUUUGUAAAUGAACUCAGUUACACAAAUGCAAUAAAGACAAUUCUUAAAGGAAAUCUAACUCCAUGUCUUCAAACUUCAGUACAGGAACCAUGGUGCAGUAGUUGCUCUUCUUAAAUAUACAUUCUCUUUUAUCUACCUCAUUUGAAUAUGCUGAAUAGGUCGAAUCAUUUUGAAACUGGAGAAGUCAUUAUAAGUCGCGUUUUCAGUUGAAUUUGGGGAAACCACUCGAAGCAUUCGUUGUGUCAAACUAUUUCAGCUGCUUUUGUUUGAUUUGUUCAUC